AUGAGGCAGCCAGGUGCGUACUCUGGUAUUGCUUCAGCCGCCGGGCGAUCUCACGUGCUGCCUUUGGCCAGAAUAAAAAAAAUAAUGAAGAGAUCGGUCUCGGGGGAGCAGGGUCAAGGAGACAACAACACGAGAAUGAUGAUAUCGGGUGAGGCACCAAUUGUGUUGGCCAAAGCCUGUGAGCAGUUCAUAGAGGAACUCACCAAGAGAUCGUGGAUUUCCGCAAGCUCUCAAGGGAAGAGACGCACACUUCAGAAAGAAGACGUGGCCUCUGCCGUUCAAGCAACUGAUCUCUUUGAUUUUCUUAUUCACUUGAUCUCGUCCAAUCAGCAGCAUCAACAUCAUGAAUUGAAUCAAUAUGUCUCUGACAUAUAG